AUGGGUGAUAAAGCUUGUACUGUAUCAAUACCAUACGCGAUGUCAAAAAACGCACGCGUUCAACUUUUCAUUUCUCCAAUGUCUCUCUGGGUCGACAAAUACAGGCCAAAAAAGCUUGAGAAUCUCUCGUAUCAUGAUUCCAUAACAAAGUCUCUUCAGUCUUUGGCCUCGUCGGGCGAUUUUCCCCAUUUGCUUGUGUAUGGACCAAGUGGAGCAGGCAAAAAGACCAGAAUCUAUACCACGCUAAAUGAGUUGUUCGGCGCCCAAGUGGAGAAAAUGAAGAUUGACGUGAAAACCUUCACAACGUCGUCAAACAGAAAACUCGAGUUCAAUGUGUUGAGUUCUCCACACCACUUAGAAAUUACCCCAUCGGAUAUGGGCAAUAACGACCGCGUGGUGAUUCAAGAUUUGUUGAAGGACGUUGCUUCGACAGAACAAGUGGAUUUUGCUAGCCAGGGCCGCCCGAAACACAGAUUCAAAAUCGUGUUGAUCAACGAGGCCGAUUCUUUGACCAGGGAUGCACAGGCAGCCUUGAGAAGAACGAUGGAAAAAUACUCGGCCAACAUCCGGCUCAUCAUGGUGUGCAACACAAUUGCCAACAUAAUAGCACCAAUCAAGUCGCGUACUUUGCUUGUCAGAAUCCCAGCCCCUUCAAAAGGCGAGAUUGCGCUGAUUUUGCUGGGUGUGGCCGAAAAGGAAGCCGUCAAAUUUAAUCCUCCAAACGACGACCAGGCAAGACAAGUGUACCUUGAAACCGUGGCCGAGGCCAGUGACCGGAACUUGCGCCGGGCUCUCUUGAGUUUUGAAACACUCUGCAUGCAAAAUGAAACCAUCCAAUUGAAAAACUUGGAGGCUGCUGCCAUCACUUUGGAUUGGGAGUUGAUUAUCCAGAACAUCACCAAGUCCAUUCUUUCUGAGCCGAAAGUGGCGACGUUGGCUAAAUUACGUUUGACAUUCUACGAGCUCUUGUCUCAUUGCAUUCCUGCCCGGCUCAUUUUGAAAAUGACCGCUUUACAAUUGAUGGAAAGACUCGAUCCGGCAAAGGGAACCAAGGUACUAGAAAUUGCGGCUACAUUCGACGAACGAUUAAGCUUGGGACAAAAAUCCAUUUUCCAUUUGGAGGGGUUUGCGGCUAAAGCAAUGGUGGUGGUGCUGUCGUAA